AUGACUGAAACGGAAGAACCACUUACUCCCCUCGAGGAGAGUAUUCCACGUGAUUCGAUGAUGAGAGACUCAGUUAUUACCUAUAGUACUGACGUUGUUGAUAGCAGUAUGAUAGAGGAAACACAAACCGUGGAUUCAUACUCAACCAAAGACAGAUCAGCUGAUGCUCAAGGCAAUAGUAUAAAUUUUUAUCGUAAAAAGCGCUUUUGGGGAAUUUGUCUAGCUAUUAGUGUAGUGCUCGCAGCAAUUCUACUUCCCUUAUUUUUCUUCGUCAUUUUCCCAGCAAUUGCCCAAAAAACAAUAAAUAAUUCAAACCUUGAACUCACCAGUGUUAACAUCACAAGUCCUGGCAAUACUUCAUUCAUAUUAAGUUCCACUGGAAAGGUUACAAACGGUGGACCAUUUAGUUCCACAAUAAAAUUUAAAACACCAGUGAAUAUGUUUUGGGAAGAUAAAGUAUUGGGAACUGUAAAUUUUGACACAAUUAAUGUGAAAGGAGGACAAGCCCAAAUCAAUCUUCAAGAUAAAGAAUUCCUAAUCACCGAAAACGAUAAUCUUGUUCAAUUCUCGAAAGCUUUGAUAACUCAAAGUACAAUAAAAAUGUCAUUUAAAGGAUCUGUUACUGUUAAAGCUAUGGGUAUUUCAAAAGGUGGAUUAACUUUAGAUAAAACAGUUAUAUUAAACGGUGUCAAUUAUUUUGGAACCCCAAAAGCAACGGAAUUCUUUGUAACACAACCUGACAAUAAUACGCUUGCACUUAAUAUAACUGUAUUAUUAAACAAUACAUCAGUAUUUUCAAUGCCUAUGGGUACAGUUGGUGUUGCUGCUUCUUACAAUGGAACCUUAGUUUCAAAUUUGACAGUUGCAAAUUUCGAUAUGGUACCUGGUGAUAUAUAUUUAAAAAUGUUUGGAAAUGUAUCAGCUCCACAAACCCUUGAGGACGUAAAAAACAUUGGAACUUUGAUGAGUUCAAUCCUUACAAAUACUCCAAUAAAUACAACAUCUACUGUAUUAUAUUCUCUUCCGGAUCAUGUGAAUAGUGUAGACUGGAUUUCUUCUUCUGUUGUAGGAUUACAAUUAACUGCUUUAAUGGGAGAUUUACCUAAUGGUCCACCACAACUUAUUACCGGAUUAGAUUUUGGUAAUCUCGCCCUAAAUUUUACUAAAGAAACUUCUUUUACCCCAUUAAUGACUUCAAAUAACUCGCAAGUCCAAUACCAAUUACCUUACGAUAUAAAAAUGACUAUGCUGGAAUCUUCUCAAAACAUAUCCCUUUACUUUAAAAAUUAUUCAAUUGCAACUGAGGUGACUGAUUUAUUCCCUGUAAAUGAUGAUGGCAAAAAAAGCUUGUCUCUUAAUAUUCCACCGACAAUACUUAAUUUUACUUCACCUGAUUUAACUCAAGAAUUUUUGAAGGAAUUGACCUUAUCAUCUCAAUUGACAAUAAAUGUUACAGGUCAUGUCGAUGUAGUUACCGAAACCUGUAUUGGAAAUUUGACCAUAAAAAGACUUCCAUUUACAGUAAACUCAACUUUAGAAGGAUUAUCUGGAUUUCAAUCCGUUCCACCAGAAGUAAAGAAUAUUUCGCUUGUUGGUGGUACCAAAGAUUAUUUGAUAGUACAAAUUGCUGUAAACCUUACAAAUCCUGCCAACGUUUCUCUUUCGGUGGGAAAUGUCAGUUUCCAAAUUAUAUACAAUAAUGAUAUCGUUGGGAUAGCCAAUACAUCCCUAUCCCUUGUCCCGGGGGGAAAUGAUUUAUUAUUCUAUUCCACCUUAGAUCCAGUACACAAUGCCAACGCAGCAGAAAUUUUAAAAAGAUUUAUGUUAAAUCAAACCACAAUUGUAUACCAAAAAGGUUAUGAUGGUUCUACCGACGUUGAAAGUUUAAAACUUGCUAUGUCUAGUCUUAACAUACCAGCUUCUCUUCCUGGAUCUUCCUUCCCAAUGAUCUCCAACGCUUCAGUAGAAAUCACAGGUGCCACACUUACCAAUGUAACUGCACAGAGUGUUGUAGCAUUGGCAAAUCCAUUCAUUGCUCCCAUUACCAUUUUAAGUGUUAACUCAAUCAUUACCGCCCAUGGAUACAAUCUUGGUAGCAUUUCACAAGAUAGAAGCGAAAACCCAAUAAUCCUACCUGGAAGUGGAAAUGUUACAGUAUCAGAUUUACCUUUUUCAUUGAACCUUGAUCCACCUACGAUGUUCGGUCUUUUACGUACACAAGCUCAGUUAGCAAAUUUGGAUACCACUGUUCUUGAUGCAUUAAUUACUAUUGGAAAGGUUAACGUUCCUGGUGUACCUUCAGUUACUGAAAUUGACCCAGGAAAACUUAAGAACUUUGACAUGAAUGUAUUCGUAGAAACUGCCCUUGCAAAUAUUGUUGCAAAUGUUUCUCUCUUAUCCACCAUUAGAGUUGGGGAAUAUGAGAUGCCGUUUGCUUAUUCUCAGAUAGUUACAACUCAUACCGAUUUAUCAAUUCUCAAAUUAAUUCCAAUUCUUUCCAGACCGAUUGUCCAAACUCUUGUUGAUGCUUCAAUAAUGAGUUUCGACAAAAUUUUAAUUCAAAAACCAACUGAAGACUCUUUUGUUGCCGUGAUCACAGGUCAAAUUUCCAAUACGGGUCCAUUGCCUGCUACAAUUUCUUUCCCCAAUGGUGCAAACUUAUUAUCUGAUAAGACUGUUCUUGGUACUAUGUCAUUACCACCUAUUACAGCUCAAGAUAAUAAAGCUGUUCUAAGUAAUGUCCAGUCAACCUUUAAGAUUCUAAACAAAGGUGCUUUGACUACUUUUACAACAAAUGUAUUAUUAUCUAAUUCUGGUUUAUGGACUAUCUCUGCCGAUAAUCUUACUGUUUCAGCUUUGAAAAUUGAUGUUCCUGGAAUUACAUUGCAAAAAGUUGUUGAAGUGAAAGGUUCAAAUGGGUUCAAAAAUGAUAUCAAGAUCAAUAAUUAUACUUUACCCGGAGAUGCACCUGAUGGUGGUAUUUCUACAGUAAUUGACUCAACUCUUACAAAUCCUGGUUCUAUUGGUGUUGAACUUGGUACUAUCACAUUUGACGUUCUUUCUGACAAUGUAAAGAUCGGUGAAGUUUCUUCUUCAGAUCUCACAGUCGUUCCUGCAGGUCCUACCGAAAUAAAGUUAACUGGUCGUCUCAUUCCUCAAACUGGUGAAGGAUUAAAAGUUAUGACUAAAAUAUUUGCUGAAGUACUCGCUGAAAAACCUGUCCCUGUUACCACCAAAGUUGUUGGUCUUAAUCCUGCAAUUAGUUGGUUAGUUUCCGCAGCCUCGAAAUUGUCAAUUGACUCUAUUCUUCCACCAAUAAAACUUGAAAAAAUUAUACCAUCCGUCACCAUCGAUGAUAUGAGCAUGAAUUUUACCCUAGAUACUGCAUUCAACCCCAUUUCUUCAUCAAACGAAAUUGAAGCUGAAAUGAAAAUUCCUUUCGGUUUCACAUUGACUAUACAAGAGUUGUCUGAAGAUAUUACCCUUACGUAUGAAAACAAAAAUAUAGCAAAACUUCCAAUUCCCAAAGGUCCUGCAAAAAUGGAAGGCAAAACAACAAUUAUUACUUCAUACAAGAAAAUCCCACUUCAAGUAUUUGACGAUGCACAUGAUGCCUUUGAAUCCUUUGUCAAAGAUUUGACCUUCGCCGUUUCAACGAAAUUUGGAAUUACCGGAACCUCCAAUGCAUUAGCUAAAACACCAAUUGGCUUAAUCCCCCUGAACGGUAUUCCCAUAGAUGUACAAACAAGUCUUAAAGGUUUACAAGGAUUACAGAGUGCACCAGUCAUCCUUGGUUCACCACUUAUUAUUAGUGCCGAUCCUAAAGGGGUAUUAAUUUUUCUGCAAGUAACAAUGACUAAUCCAUCAAAAAUUACAGUGGGAGCUGGUGAUGUAAAUUUUGACAUUCAUUUUAAAGGACAAUCUAUGGGCACAACUACUAUAAAGGAUAUUGUAAUUGAACCUGGAAAAAAAAAUUAUGAUGCAAAUUUCUUAUUUGCUCCAAAAACUCCUGAGGCUAUUAAAGCUGGUUCUGAUCUCCUCGGUAAUUUCUUGACAGCUAAAAAAUCAGAUCUUAUUGUCUUAGGAAACAGUGAUUCUACUCCAAUAACAUCUUUGAAAUCUGCAUUCGAGUCUCUUUCAUUAAAAACUUUUCUUCAAAUUGAUGCACCACGAGUGCUAGAUUCAGUUGAAGUUACAGUUGGUUUAGAUGUAUUAAAAACCAAAUCAGGUCUUGCUAAUAUAACCAUUAUUAAUUCCCUUAAUAUUGGAUAUGAAAUCACUGGAAUGGAGGCAACGGCAAGUUUUCAAGGCAAAGAACUUGGUAAAAUUGAUGUACCGCAGGCACUCGUCCCAACAAAAGUGGGAGUUCUUUCAACAAUUCAUGCCGGAGGUAUCCCAAUCACAUUCACUGGCGAUUUAACUCCAAUUAUAGGAAAAUCAAGUAUACUCGUUGACAUUGAUUCAACCGUCUUUACUAAUAUUAAUGGAUUCAAAACACCGGUUCAUUUGACAGAAACAGAUGUUAAAACAACUAUUAUUGUAUCUAAGUCCUAA